UCGGAGGGGUCGUCCUGGCGCAGUACAUCUUCACCAAGAAGAAGAGAGCGGCCAGGAAGACCAAGAUUAUUGACAUGUGGGAGAGAACCGACCGCCGUGGCACCAGUCCUCAGCAGUCAUGAGUGGCUGUAACAGAACAGAGGGUCAUGGGUGGGAUUAGCAGAUCUGCUUUUGGUGACACCCCCUGCUGGAGCUAUAUAAGCUAUGGACUGACAGAGAGAACUUUCUUCUCUUUUCACACGUCCACUGGUGUCAGGACACGGCACAGCGAUGCCGCAGUUUGAGAAGUCCACAGUCCACAUAAGGAACCCGGAAUAUGUAGAGGAGAUCAUCUGCAGCCUGAUCAAGGGUGGGGCCUCUAAACUCCAGAUCAUCACAGACUUUGACAGGACAUUAAGCCGGUUUUCGAACAAUGGCCAACGGUGCCCCACGUGUCACAACAUCAUUGACAACUGCAAGCUGGUCACAGAUGACUGCAAGAAACAGCUGCUGAAGCUGAAAGAAAAAUAUUACCCCAUUGAAAUUGACCCACAUCUCCCCAUGGAAGAGAAAUUCCACUUUAUGGUGGAGUGGUAUUUCAAGUCACACACAUUAUUGGUGGAACAGCGGUUACAGAAAGACAAACUUCCGGAAGUUGUACGAGAAUCUGAAGUGUGUUUAAGGGACGGGUAUGAACAGUUCUUCGACAGACUCCACCAACACGACGUACCCGUGUUCAUCUUCUCAGCUGGCCUGGGGGACGUGCUGGAGGAGAUAAUCCGGCAGGCGGGGGUCUACCAUCCCAACAUCAAAGUGGUCUCCAACUUCAUGGAUUUUGACGAGAGCGGCAUCCUGAAAGGCUUCAAGGGGGACCUGAUCCAUGUUUACAACAAGCAUGACGGAGCACUGAAAAACUCAGACUACUUCAAGCAGUUGAAGGAUAACUGCAACAUCAUCCUGCUGGGUGACUCGCUGGGAGAUCUCAACAUGGCUGACGGCGUGCCUAAUGUGGAGAGUAUCCUCAAGAUUGGCUAUUUAAAUGACGAGGUAGACGACCAGCUGGAGAAAUAUCUGGACUCUUAUGACAUCGUUUUGGUGAGGGAUGAAACUCUGGAAGUGCCCAAUUCCAUCCUGCAGAAGAUCCUUUAAAUAGUCUGUGUUGUGACUGGACCCCGGACACCAGCUCCUCGCCGUGUGCCCGCCCCACCGUCCUGCAUUGUCAAAAACUUUUCUCCGUGCGAAUUAAUUAUUUUGAAGCACUGCACUGUUUGGUUUCCCUCCUUUCAGCACCUGUCUCCUUCAUAUUUCCUGAAACCACUGGGGAGAAAACACAGCCGAAAUAAUGACUUAAUAUGAAUUUAUCUAAAACUUUGCACAUUGUUGUUGUUGUGUUUUUGUGUAGAAGUUUGCAGUCAUUAAAGGGAACACUGCACAGUUUACGGUCGAGAACGAUACCCUACGAGCCAGUGUGCAAUUCAGUGUUCUGUUACUAUGUCUCUGUGUCUCUCGUAACAUUAAUUAAUGAAGAAUCAGGUUUCGUAUUCAUUGGUUCUUUCUUUCAAUUAUAUUAUUUGAUGCUUCAGUUAUGAAGUUCAUUGCCUUGAGUUGUGCAACAUCUGCACACUUCCUGCUCUAGAGAGGUAAAUCACUAGAGACAUAAUGUCUUACCUGUGUAUUCCUGUGCCUCACUGGGCAGGACUUACUGGUGGAUCAGAUACACUGAUUUGGCUGUGCAGUGUUGCAUUGCGCAGGAUAUUUCAUUAUAUAUGUUUAUACAUUUAUUCGGCAGGUGGACUGCUGCAACAGCCCGUUAGCCAGCUGUGGAAUAUUUUAAAACGGCACUUGUAUGGGGACUGAGGAAUGUGUUAAGGGGAGUUGUUUUAUUCUGUGUGUGGACCGACAUCCUGUACACAUCAGUUUUUGUUCAUGCAGUGGCAUUCAGUGAAUUAGGAGCUUUAAGCUUCCUUUACUUUGUUUUU